UUGUAGAGCAUUGUACCCAACUCAGGUUGCCAAACAACCUGCAAACUUAGAAAAAGUUAACGCAUUAGAAGAACACUUUUUUCGCUACGCAUCUAUAGAAUAUAGGGGCAAGUAUCUCAUGGCACCGAUUAGGAAAAAAAGAAUAAUAACAGACCAAGAAGCAAGAAAUUUUCUUGGGAGAACUCCUUCUAAAUCUUCUGGUUCUCCACAAUUUUUUCGUAGUCUUCACAAUGAUGGUUUGAUCUCAUAUUCCGAAUUUUUGUUUCUUAUUUGUGGGCUCGCAAGUAUAUUUUGUAUGGUUAAAUUAUACCUAGAGUCAAAAAGAGGCUUACAUAUUGCUUUCAAAAUGUUUGACAGAGAUUUAAAUGGCUCAAUAGAUUCAGAUGAAUUUCAUAUAGUAAUGCUUCCGUACUCUUAUCUGAUUAAUCAAAUAAUUACUAAGGCUAAAGAGCACCAAGAAUCUAAUAAAGAUAGAAGUUCAGCCUUAUAUUUAUCUCCACAUGAUUCAAUUAAUACCACUAUAAUGUAUCAUUUAUUUGGUGCAUCUGGGAAAGAAACGCUUACAUAUGAUGAAUUUUUCAAAUUUAUGGAGGAUACCCAGACAGAAGCACUAGAAGUUGAGUUCUCUUACCAUGCUAAAGGGUCAACAUUUAUAAGUACCUUAGAUUUCGCAAAUAUUUUAUUGAAAAAUACGAACAUUUCUCCAACUGAAUAUAACUCUUGUCUUGAGAGAUUGGAAAUGAAUGCCUAUGCCAAUGAGUAUUUAGAGGAUUUUGGGAGGGCCAUACAAAUAUGUACUGGACAUGAUAUUUCACUAACCCUGCUGCGAACCUUAUUUUAUCUGUUUGACACUGAUGGGGAUGGAUCACUCAGUCACAAAGAAUUUAUACAAGUUAUGAAAGAUCGAUGUUCGUCAAGACUGGAUUUGGCUAUGGGUGCAAGAUCGUCUAUAUGGGACACCUUCCGAUCUUGUAUGGCAAAUAAUCUUCGUGGAAAAAACUUGAGGGAUUUGUGA